AUGGCAGAGAAAGACCCAGAUUUCUAUUCUCACAAACUUCCCUCUGCUUCUCAGGUUGUUGAAGAGCUAAAAGAGUUAUGGGGUAUGGCUUUGCCAAUAACAGCUGCUCACUUAAUGGCCUUUUUUAGAGCAGUGGUCUCAGUUAUGUUCUUGGGCAGGCUAGGCAGUCUAGAACUAGCUGGUGGUGCACUUUCCAUUGGGUUUACAAACAUCACUGGUUACUCUGUCCUUGUGGGCUUAGCUUCUGGGCUAGAGCCAGUCUGUAGCCAAGCUUAUGGCAGCAGGAAUUGGGACCUCCUUUCAGUCUCUCUUCAACGCAUGAUCUUGAUACUUGGUAUUGCAAUCAUACCCAUAAGUCUUUUGUGGCUUAAUCUUGAAUCAAUCAUGAAUUUUAUGGGCCAAGAUCCAAAUAUUACUGCAAUGGCUGCAACUUACUGUAUUUACUCUCUCCCGGACCUUUUAACCAACACUCUAUUACAGCCCUUGAGAGUUUUCUUAAGGUCACAGGGGGUGACAAAGCCCAUGAUGUACUGCUCCUUGUUGGCUGUUAUUUUCCACGUGCCAUUGAACUAUGUUCUUGUUGUUGUGAUGGGGUGGGGGGUCCCUGGGGUGGCUUUGGCAUCAGUUGUGACUAACAUGAACAUGGUGGGGUUGAUGGUGGGUUAUGUAUGGUGGGUUAGUGGACGGUGGGAGAUGAAAUGGAAGGUUGAGAUUGGAGGGGUGUGUGGUGGGGUGGGACCACUUUUGAAGUUGGCAAUACCUAGUUGUUUAGGGAUUUGCUUGGAGUGGUGGUGGUACGAGAUAGUGACUGUAUUGGCAGGGUACUUGCCUAAUCCCACAUUGGCAGUGGCUGCCACUGGGAUUCUCAUCCAGACCACUAGCAUGAUGUACACUGUCCCCAUGGCACUUGCUGGCUGUGUCUCUGCUCGGGUAGGGAAUGAGCUUGGAGCUGGAAAGCCUUACAAAGCCAAGUUAGCAGCCAUGGUGGCAUUGGGCUGUGCCUUUGUGAUUGGUAUUCUCAAUGUGACAUGGACGGUAUUCCUUAGAGAGCGAUGGGCUGGUUUGUUCACUAAAGAUGUUCUUGUUAAAGGUCUUGUGGCUGCUGUUUUGCCAAUAAUAGGGCUCUGUGAGCUUGGUAACUGCCCUCAAACAACUGGCUGUGGCAUCCUACGUGCCACGGCACGGCCCGCGGUCGGGGCUCGCAUAAAUUUGGGCUCAUUUUACUUUGUGGGCACCCCAGUAGCAGUGGGCUUGGCCUUUGGUCUAAAUAUUGGGUUUUCUGGGCUGUGGUUUGGGCUCUUGUCAGCCCAAGUGGCUUGUGCAUUGUCUAUUCUCUAUGUUGUAUUGAUCCGUACAGAUUGGGAACAUGAGGCUUUGAAAGCCAAGGAGCUGAGUAGCAUGGAAAUGAGUGCAUGCAAUGGUGUUGGUCACAAAGAACAUGAAGGAGAUGAAGAAGAGAGUAAAGGGUUGUUAGUGAAUGGUAAUGGUAACAUGGUAGAUAAUGUUUGA